AAAAAUUCCAAAUUGCAAAUAAUUCACAAGUUUUAGAAAGAACCAUUUUUAAUAGUUUAAUUAAUGAUUUAGAAUAUGUUCUAGAGGAAGAUGUUGAAAGUAUAGGAUUGACAAAUGAAAGUCUUAUAUUUGAUGAUAUUGAAGCAGAAAGUAUUAACAAAGAUGAAUUGGAUUAUAAUAUAGAAAUUAACCCUUUUCUUUUUGAUAAGAUCAGCUUUGAAAGAGCACGGGCAUUAGCAAAAGCAGAUGAAAAUAGUGAUACAAUUUUUUUAAAUAAUGUAAGCGAUAAUAGUGAUGAAUUAACAUCAUCAGAAUUUAAUUUAGAAUCAACUACGUCUAACUCAAGCUUAAAAUUAGGUCACAUAGAUUUAACAAAUCUAGAACAUAAACAUGAAGUUAACUCUGAAACUGCUAUAGCUUUUGGAAAAGCACUAGGGAAUGCAACGUGA